AGGAGGUUUUAUAAUAAUUAAGGAGUGUUUUCUGCGCAAGUUUGGAGGCUGUGCCUUAGUUAACUAACGGCAAUCUCGCUCAGAGCUGCUCCCAGCAAUUCCUCCCCCUAAAAUUAUAGUUCUGCAAAACUUCUGAAAUUGUCUUUUUGUUGUUUGCUGAAGUGGCAAAGGGGCAACUUUUAAAAUCGCGAGGGAGGAAAAGUAUCCGGUGAACGGAAAGUUAUUUUGUCUGCGUUUGUCUCUCUCUCUGUGUGUGUGUGUGCCCCUUUUUUUGUUCAGCCCCCACACCGGGAAAUAUCUUUUUUAUUCCUCUGUCAAAAUGUUCAGUUGGAUGAAGAAACACGAGAAGAAGAAGGAGGAGGUGAUUGAGAAGGCUCACACGGUGACAGAGGGGCUGAAGGAAUUGUACAAAACCAAACUGUUGCCCCUGGAGAACUUUUACAAGUUUCACGAUUUUCACACUCCUUCCCUGGAAGAUGCAGAUUUUGACAAUAAACCCAUGAUCCUGGUGGUGGGACAGUAUUCCACAGGGAAGACCACUUUCAUCCAGUACCUGCUGGAGGAAGAUUUUCCUGGGAGUAGAGUGGGACCCGAACCCACCACCGACUCUUUCAUCGCUGUGAUGCACGGAGAGACGGAGAGUGUGAUCCCAGGAAACGCCCUAAUGGUCGAUGCCAACAAACCUUUCCGCAAACUGACCCCUUUUGGAAAUUCCUUUCUCAACAGGUUUAAUUGCUCAGGUUCACCACCCCCUCUGCUGAAUCAUUUCUCCUUGAGCACCACAGAAAGCAUCCUGUCUGGAUCCAUCUCCUUCUGCCCUGCAGGUUAUGAUCUUGCUGCUGUACUGCAGUGGUUCGCACAGCGAGUGGAUCGGAUCAUCCUCCUGUUUGACGCUCACAAGCUGGAGAUCUCGGAUGAAUUCUCAGAGGCAAUCCGGGCCCUGAAGGGGAACGAGGAUAAGAUACGAGUGGUGCUGAACAAGGCUGACCAGGUGGACACCCAGCAGCUGAUGCGGGUCUACGGGGCCCUGAUGUGGUCACUUGGUAAAGUCAUCAACACGCCUGAGGUGAUGCGGGUCUACAUCGGCUCCUUCUGGUCCGAGCCCCUCCUCAUCUCCGAGAACCGGAAGCUGUUUGAGUUGGAGGAGCAGGAUCUGUUCCUGGAUCUGCAGAACCUGCCUCGGAAUGCUGCCCUGAGGAAGCUAAAUGAUAUGGUGAAGAGAGCCCGGCUCGUGAGGGUCCAUGCCUAUAUCAUGAGCUACCUGAAGAAAGAAAUGCGAGGUGUCCUCAGGAAGGAGAAUAAGAAGAAGCAGCUGAUCUCCAAUCUGCCAGAAAUCUUCAGAAACAUCCAGUUGGAGCACCAUAUCUCGGCAGGAGAUUUCCCAGACUUUGAGAGGAUGCAGGAGCAGCUCCGGGUCCAUGACUUCUCAAAGUUCCCUUCCCUCAAGCCCAAGAUGAUGAAUGAGCUGGAUCAUAUGCUCACCUAUGAUGUCGCUAAGCUGAUGCCUUUGGUGAGACAAGAGGAGAUGGAGAUGCCAGAACAGUUGGUCCAUGGUGGUGCAUUUGAUGGGACCUCCAAUGGGCCAUUCGUCGAAGGCAUUGUGGAUGGAACCUGUGAGGCAGCAGAUGACGAUGACGAAUGGGUUGUCACGAAGGACAAGCCAAAGUAUGAUGAAAUUUUCUACAAUCUAUCACCAAUGGAUGGCAAGAUCAAUGGGGUAAAGGCCAAGAAUUGGAUGAUCACGACCAAGCUGCCAAACUCUGUACUUGGGAGGAUCUGGAAACUUUCCGAUGUCGAUAAGGAUGGAAUGCUGGAUGAUGAAGAAUUUGCCUUGGCCAAUCAUCUCAUUGAGGUUAAGCUGGAUGGCCACGGGCUUCCCACCGUGUUACCUGGUUACCUUGUCCCUCCGUCAAAGAGGCGGCAGGUGGGAUCUGCUGAGUAACAGGCAAAGAGGAAAGGCCAUUCGUUCUUGGGGCCAAUUGAUUCAGUUUGGAGUUUGAUAAUCCCAUUGAUUGCAGCAGACUAUGUUCUGGAGACAGGAGGAACUAUUGGGCUGAAUGGAAAUGAAGGAUGGGGAGGGUUGGAUUCCUUAGCUACUGUUAAACCAAACCAAUAGGGGAAAUUAUUUCAUUUGGCCCGUCAGUGAAUUCAUCCUCUCUUGAAUUAUUCAGUGGCGCUAAUCCCAACUGUCUCCAGGGUCAUAGACUCAAGUUGGACUCUUGUUGCUUAAAAGGCUUUACCAACUGGGUUAUAAUAUAUUAUGGUUCAAGCACAAUAUUUCAGGGACUGAAACUGUCCUUUCUUCACUAUAUAAUUGUCACUCGCACAUUGUUCUGGCUGCUUCUCAUGUAACAGCUAUUGCGUCUAGCUUCUGUAGCACCAAACAACAUCUGUCUUGCUUGUCCAAUUUCCUCAGAGUUCGCAGUAAUUAUUCAGAAAGCACUUUAACACCUAUUUUACUGUGCAUAUGUGGUCUGUGAUGCCUCACAUCUAUCCUCAGCAAAGAACAACAGCAGACUAAAUGUAUUCACCCAUCACAAUAUCUAGUAGGCUCCAAGUAAUUUAGCUCCUCAACCCCAAUCAAAGACCAUUCCAAAUAAGAAUCACUCUAGCUCCUUGUUCCUGUGGCUGUGGCAUUGUUCCAGGACCAUGAUUUGGUCUGAAGACCAAGAUUAGUUAUUUAACAACGUGUUCAUUCCUCUCACUUGAAUACUUGAGUGUGCUAGCCUCUUUGCAUAGCUCAGGAGCAUGACUUCUCCACUGUGGAAUAAUCUCAGCCCCCUAUCACUAAGAAACACACAUUUACCAACUUGUAAUGUCUCCCUCAAAUGGAAGAUGCAGGAUAUGUUGAUGUUUGUAAAGUGCUAUGGAAAUAUCAUACGUUUAAGAGUGCUUAUACACAUUUGUAUCGAUAUUAUAUGAGUUAACACUGGCUCUGGUGCUUUGGAUACAGGGUUCAUCUUAAAUGCCAAUGUGUAGCAAGUUGUGCAAGACUUCUGAUCGCUUAUCCUUGAACUACCAAAGAGCAAAUUCAUAAAACCUGCCCCUCACACAGGUUGGUAUAAGUGGCAUCUGCAGCUUACCCUUGAACAAACUAGCCAUCCAAGAAUAUCUGCUCACUGCGUAUUUCACCUUUAUCUGGUUUGCUGUUGGCUAAUAUUCCCUCACCUCCAUUAAUUUUAUGAUUAAUAAGCAAAACUAAUUCAAAGAAAACAGUUCAGCUCAGAGAGCACUGCAGGUUGAAUCAAGACCUAUAACAGACCAGAGAGUUAAGAAUUAAACACUCUGUUGGAAUGUAAAUUCUGUCAGGCCCAAACAAACCCAUCCCCCUUGUUUGACUGAUUCAAUCUUCGGGGUCCUGCUGUCUCAGCCUUUUUCAGUCCCUUGCCUGCCAGAAAUGGAUUUAUUUGGCCAAAACCUUCACAAACUGUUCCCCUCAUGACAUCAAAGUAUUACAUGGAACAAUAAUAAUAGAGCUGUGCAGCACGGAAACAGACCCUUUGCUCCAAUUCGUCAACGCCGACCAGAUAUCCUAAAUUUUUUUUGACCGUUUUGCCGUCCUUUGGCCCAUAUCCCUCUUAAACCCUUUCUAUUCAUGUACUCAUCCAGAUGACUUUUAAAUGUUGUAAUUGUACCAGCCUCCACCACUUCCUCUGGCAGCUCGUUCCAUACACAUACCACCCUCUGCAUGAAAAAGUUGCCCCUUGGGUCCCUUUUAAAUCUUUCCCCUCUCACCUUAAAUCAAGUUUUGGACUCCUGUACCCUGGGGAAAAGACCUGUAAUGAUCAGAUUGUCUGAAGAUAUUUCAGGUGAAGACUGAGAUACUCUCGAAUUUUGGUUUUGGAGUUGCCUGGAGGAAUUACGCGCAUGGCCCUUAAUUUUGUUUGCAUGGCUGUGUACACAAGGGAACAGCCUGUAUUUUGGGUUCCUGUGUGAUCACGCAGCUUAGAAGGGACAUUGGUGAAGAGCUUCUAAAGAUAAAUUAUUAAUCUGUACUGAGGAGGAGAAAAAUAAUUGUUUUUCUGACUCAUACAGAAUGGAAUAUUGUCUUGAGAAUAUUAAUCCUUUCAAGCUCUCUGAAGGAAUAUUGACUCUUUGGGAUGUUGUUCUCAGACCAUUUUUUAAACACGAUGAACAGUGUUUAAAGAGUUUUUUUUUAAAAAGCUGUUUUUGUUUUGGAUAUUAAUCUUCAAUUACUGGAGGCUCAGAUAUUCUUAAUGUGUUCAUCAGUUUACAUAAAGUCAUAAAGUCCUAAAGUCAUACAGCAUGGAAACCCUUUGGCCCAACCAGUCCACAUUCCCAAACUAAGCUAGUCCCACCUGCCUGCAUUUGGCCCAUAUCCCUCCAAAUCUUUCCUAUUCAUGUACUUAUCCAAAUGUAUUUUAAAUGUUGUAACUGUACCCACAUCCACCACUUCCUCUGGAAAUUCAUUCCACACAUGGACCACUGUGUGUAAAAAUGUUGCCCCUCGUCCUUUUUUAAAACUUUCUCCUCUCACCUUAAAAAUGUCUCCCCCCACCCCCCUAGUUUUGAACUCCCCACCUUAGAGAAAAGGCCCUAGUCAUUAACCCUGUCUAUGGUUAUGAUUUUAUAAACCUCUAUAAGGUCACCCUGCAAUAUCCUACGCUCCAGUGAACAAAGUCACAGCCUAUCCAGAUAACUCAAAUCCUCCAUUCCUGUCAACAUUCUGAAAAACCAUUUGUUAACCCUCUCCAUGGGCUACACAAAUCAGAGCAGGCCAUUCGGCCAAACCAGUUCAUGCCAGUGCUUAUCAGCUCUGAUGAAGGGUUAUCUAGAUUCGAAAUGUUAGCUUGCUGUCUCCAUGCUGUCUGACCUGCUAUGAUCUUCAGUAUUUGUUACUUUCACACCAAUGCUUAAGGUGUAUGCCAGCCUUCACCUACCUUUUCUUAUCUAAAACUGUCAAAACCCACGACUCCUUUCUCCCUCAUUUGUUUGUCCAGCUUAAAUUCAUCUGUACGAUUUACUUCGACCAUCCCUGUUACUGUAAAUGGUGCAGGAAUCCAUUUUACACCUUCCAUAGAAAGGUGUGUGUCAGAGGGAUGAGGAGAUAAGUUCUUUCUUUGAUUUAAAGUGUAGUUUGAAGUAAUUCUAAUUAACUCUUGCAGGAAGACUAUUGAUGCAGUCUGUUCUGAGUCAAAAGUUUAAACUUUCCAUAUAUUAUGUUUAUUAAAAUAUAUUCUCAACAAUAUCAUGGUUUAUGUUUCACUCACUGUAGACAGAUACACUGUAGCUAUCAUUGCUUUGUGUGGUUUUACUCACUAUUUUCCCUGUCUGAUCUGUGUCUUGUUUCGUUACAACAAAUGAGUUAUCGUGUAUAAUUGAUUCAUAAUUAAAGUACACAGUAAAUCAGCCAA